AUGCACACCGUAUACCUCGCCGCUCUGGCACUCGCCAGCCGCGCUCUCGCCCACGGCGGCGGCGACCACAGCCAGAAACCCAUAGUCGAUGAAAACGCCGAUUGGAUGACGAAGCACAUGGCUGAGGAGCACCACAUGGAAGGCUGGGACUCGGCCUCCUUCUUCACCCUGCACGACUACAAUAGCGACGGCGUCUGGCAAGGCGACGAGAUCCUCCGCACAUACGGCCUCUUUGACGAGACGAAUCACCACGUCUCCGAGGAGAAGCGCUUCGACAUCCUCCACGACCUCAUGGAGCUGCUUGAUACGAACCACGACGGCAAUGUCAACCGCUCCGAGUGGGACGCCUUCAUCGCCAGCGGCAAGACGCUUCCCGACGUCGGCAUGGGUCCGGGACACCACGGUGACGACGAGUACGAGUACGAGAUUCACCACUGGGAGAAGUACCAUGACGAAAACACCAAGCUCGAAGACCUGACGCACCCCGAAGAUAUCGAACAUUUCAAGAAGCAUGAGGCGAUGGAGGACGCGCAGGAUAGGCAAGAGCAGCUCGACCACAUGGCCGUCGUGGAGGAGAACAUUCCGCAAAAGUUCCGUCGGUCAUAG